AUGGCUCUGCUCCAACUUUCAUCACUCUCAUUUGGCUUAACUAAAAUGCUUCUUCCUCGGCAAAGAAAGUCUUCAUCUCUAACAAUAAGCAACUCCAAUGUCCCUUGUCCAACUCAAUGCAUGGCAUCAAACAAAGUCUCUAAUAAUAGUGAAACAGUACUUCGUCGAUCUGCAAAUUUCAAACCUUCAAUUUGGACUUAUGAUUAUAUCCAAUCAUUGAGCAGUGAAUAUAAGGAAGAAAUGCACGCAGAACAAAGGAGGGUCCUAAGGGAAGAAGUAAGGAUAAUGCUUUGCGAAGUGGAAAAUGAGGUUGAUCAACUUGAGCUUAUUGAUGUAUUGCAAAGGCUUGGAGUGGAUUAUCAUUUUGACAAAGAGAUAAGGAACAUAUUGGACAAUAUUUACUAUAUUUACUAUAUGGAUGCAUCCAAGAGGAAGAAGAAUUUACAUGCCACAGCACUCGAGUUCAGACUCUUAAGACAACACGCUUAUGAUAUAUCUACAGAUGUUUUUGAUUGCUUUCAUGAUGAAACGGGUAAUUUCAAGAAAUGCAAGUAUGAUGAUAUUGAGGGAAUGUUAUCACUUUAUGAAGCCUCAUUUCAUUCAUUCGAAGAUGAAACCAUCUUGGAUGAGGCACGUGAUUUCACCUCAGAGAUUCUCAAAGAAUAUUUGAACCAAAACAGAGUUAACCUCUUAUCACUUCUGAUCGGUCAUGCUUUAGAGCUUCCAAUACAUUGGAGAAUUCCAAGAUGGGAGGCUCAAUGGUUCAUCCAUGCAUAUGAAAGAAAGCCAAACACGAGUCCUGUUUUACUUCAGUUAGCUAAAUUGGAUUUCAACAUUCUUCAAGCCAUCUACCAAGACGAUCUUAAGUAUAAAUCAAGGUGGUGGAAAAGAACUAGCCUAGGAGAAAAGUUGACUUUUGCUCGGGAUAGGGUGGUAGAGAAUUUCAUUUGGACCGUGGGAUCAAAUUUUAAGCCAGAUUUUGGAUAUUCUAGAAAAGUCAUAGCAAAGGGCAAUGCUCUAGUAACCACAAUUGAUGAUGUUUAUGAUGUGUACGGUACCUUGGAAGAAUUAGAGCUCUUCACCGAAGCCAUUGACAGAUGGGAUCUAAAUGCCAUAGAUAAUCUCCCAGACUACAUGAAAAUAUGCUUCCAUACACUCUACAACUUUGUCCAUGAAAUGGCUUUAGAAGUCCAAGAGAAGAAUGGGUACAACAUCACUCCAUACUUAAAGAAAGCCUGGGCAGAUAUAUGUAAAUCAUAUUUGAUAGAGGCAAAGUGGUAUCACAGUGGAUAUAAGCCAAGCUUUGGAGAAUAUAUUGAGAAUGGGUGGAUUUCCAUAAGUGCCCCUGUUAUACUUGUUCAUGCUUACUUUGCAAUUCCACAUUCAUUCAGAAAGGAUGACUUAGUUAAUUUAGAAGAAUAUUCCGACAUAAUUCGCUCCUCAGGAAUUAUUAUACGCCUUGCUAAUGACCUGGGAACAUAUAAACGUGAAAUUGAGACAGGCGAUAUUCCUAAGUCAAUUCAAUGCUACAUGAAUGAAAGUGGAGCUUCUGAAGGAGAUGCACGUGAGUAUGUAAAAUCCAUAAUUUGUAAAACGUGGACGAAGAUGAAUGAAGAGGCUCGGAGUUCUUCUUUCUCUAGAAGUUUCAUAGAGACAGCUAUAAACCUUACAAGAAUGGCACUGUGGAUGUACCAGCAUGGAGAUGGCGUCUCUAUUCAAGAUUCUGAAAUCAAGAGUCGCAUAUUAUCAUUACUAAUCCAACCCAUUCCUGUUGCAUACACAAAGAAAUAG